AUGUCGACAACUCUGACCACUACCGAGACACUUUCACUCUCCUCGCUCUCGCUAGCAUGUAUUGGGGUCUUGGCAAACACUCUCCAAGGUGAAGGUGAGCCGCUCAUUGCAUCGAUUGCCUUCAGCGGCAUCGCUUUCGCAGCGUGCUAUGCUUUGAUACGAUGGCUUGGCAAUGCAUUCAUGAAGAUCGGAUUGAAAGGGAAAGACUUGUGCAAGCUCAAGCAGACUGAGAUACGCAGCCCCGAGACCAUGGGCGCAGUGUGUGCUCUGGUCUAUCUCUUCGUUCUCAUUGUCUUCAUACCGUGGCCCUUCUACAAGGACAUUGUCGUAGCGACCUCUGGUGGCGGUAACCGAGACGUGAUGAGAGAUUUGGAAGAGAUUGAAACUGGGAGACUGCUGCACAGGUUUCCACACAACAAGCUUGCGUCCUACCUCUCCGCCACACUCUCGCUGCAGUGCACGGUGCUGCUCGGAAUCGGCGAUGACCUGUUCGACAUCAGAUGGCGACACAAGGUGCUCAUCCCAGCCAUUGCUGUUAUUCCCAUGCUUGUUGUGUACUUUGUGGAUUUUGGAGUGACCCAGAUGGUUGUGCCGCUGCCAUUACGGCCCUACCUUGGCGAGCUCUUUGAUCUCGACUUGCAAUACGCUAACGAACGUCAAGGUUGGCUGUACUACGUGUACAUGGCCCUCAUGACCAUCUUCUCUACCAACGGCAUCAACAUCUUGGCGGGCAUCAAUGGCAUCGAGGUUGCGCAAUCGGUGGUGAUUGCAGUACUGAUUGCGAUCAACGACGUUUUAUAUCUGUCGCCCUUCACAGCAUACCCUCACCCAGCAACAGACUCGCAUCUGUUUUCUUUGUACUUCCUGCUCCCAUUCAUUGGGGUGUCCAUGGCGCUCCUGAUGCACAACUGGUAUCCGGCCAAAGUGUUUGUUGGUGAUACUUACUGCUACUUUGCAGGCAUGGUAUUUGCAGUCGUCUCCAUCCAGGGACACUUUACCAAGACGCUGGCUCUGCUUCUGCUCCCACAGGCAUUCAACUUUCUCUACUCGAGUCCGCAGGUGUUCAAGCUUAUCCCGUGCCCCCGGCAUCGGCUGCCACACUUCAACGCGCGCUCGGGCUUACUUGAACCUUCCCGCGUCGAGUUCCGCAAACCACUGCCGGCGGCGAUAGCAGAAGGUCUCAAGCUGAUGCACCGGCUUCGGCUGGCGGAUGUAGCAGUCGAUGCAGAGGGGACGGUGGUCUCAUCGUCCAACUUUACCUUGAUCAACCUGUGGCUCGUAUGGUUUGGGCCGAUGCGGGAAGAUCGGUUGGCCAUGGGGCUCGUUGUCUUUCAGUUCCUGGUGGGGAUACUAGGGCUCUUCAUUCGACAUCGCAUGGCGCUGCUCAUCUUCUCGGCGGAUAAUCUGUAG